GGGGGGUUAUCAUUCUUGGGUGGCUGCAGAUGAGCAUGUUGAUUUGGUGGAGGCAGAGAGGAGGGAUGUCGGCGGAAAAAGGUAGCUCCUGAUUUGAUGUUGAUGAUGGGUGGGCUGGUGAGCCGUUUGACGAAAGGUGGGGGAGGGACACGCAUCUCAAAGUCUCCCUUAUAUUUUACAAAGAAACGGAAUGAAACAUAUGAAGCUUGGAAAUGAAGUGACCACCUUCAACACCGUCACUUGGAAAGAUGUCAUUCAAGGCCCCUGUUCGUCAAUUGGCGUGGGCACGGACAAGGGUCCCGGCAAUCUGGGGAGUGGGUUAGCGGGGGGUGGAUUACAUAAACCUUGGCUCGAAGCCUGGACCCGCUUUUCCAUCCGUUGUUGCGAGCGACGGCAGGCAAGCAGCGACGCGAGGCUGCUGGAGCCUUGACAAUUGUAGCAGCCAGCUCUGUUCCUCCAAGGACGCCAUAAAACCACAGCCAGUUUGACCACGAAACCAGGCUGCGAUCACUCUUGAAUUCUGGUGACAGAAUCAACCGAACUCCGAUACUCAUAAAUAUUCAACACAAAACAACAAACCCCAAAGAAGCUAUCAAGAUGCAGUCUCUCCGCAUCGUCCCAGAGUCCAACCCCUCCUCCUCCUUCACCCAUCAGCCCUCCCGCGCCCAUGUUGCUCCAUCAGCACCUGGUCUUCACGACACACUUCGCGCUGGUGUCGGCGCCAACCCCCUCACAACUCCCGCGACCCAAGCCAUCUCCGCCCACCCUCUCGAGGCCCGCUUAAAACAGUGGGAGGCCACCCGCGAGCAGCUCAAGAUGGAGACACUCCGUCGCACAUAUGGCAUCGCCGAGCCAGUCCGCAGAGGCAUGGAGCUCAAGAUCACUCGUGAAGGAACAUGGAAGCCCCUGUGCCUGGGCGGCAACAGCACACCUAGCAUUCACGAAGAGAUCUUGACUGGACGGGACGGCAUUAUUGAAUGGGAGGAUGUAUUUACUGGGGAGGAGAAUGGAGCGAACAUCAGUGUGCACGAGGAGAUCGAGCGCAAGGUGAAGAUGUAAAGCGGAGGUUUUGUCAGAAAGUGGGGAGGCUUAGACGGCAAGUAGGAGAGGAGUAGAUGGGGGGAGGGAGGUAUUACGAAUCA